AUGUAAGACCCACUUUAGGCCAAAUAAUAUUUUAAUGAAGCUGUAGGGAUAUCAAAGAAGGUAAAAUUUAUUGCUAUUCACAAUCUAAUUAAAAAUUAUUUCUAUGAAAAGGCAAAAAAUUUUUAAAUGACACUACUUCCAGAUUGGGAUUUAAGCGAAUAUAAAACUCAAGAAAACCUAAAUCCAUACUAAUAACAAUAUUUAGAGUAAAUAAACUAACAAAUAAAUAACAUGAUCCUUUUUUCUGUAUUUUGUAAAAAUUGCAUCGAAAAGAAUGCCAAAAAGGAUUUUUUAUAAACCCACUUAGACGAAUUAACAAUUAUUUUAGAAUCAUCUUAAGGAAAUCUGUUUCUAGGCGAAGUAGAAGAACCAUAAGAGUUUGCAAGAUAAUUAAAAAAAUUGAUUUUCAUUUUAAAUUUGAACGAAUAUGAAGAUGAUCCUCAAAAUAAUUAAAAUCCUCAGAUUUUAUAGAAACAAAUCCUCUUAAAUCGUUUUAUUAGUGAUCAUUUUAAGUCUCACACUGUUGUAAUUUAAAUAAGAAAUCCAAAACUUACUAGAGCUGAAUUAAAAGAAAUGGUUAAAGAUUUUUGUAAAUAAUAUUAAAAUAUCAAAAUUAAAGUAGGGUAUAAUAGAUUCUAAAUUCCUAGUUUAUCAAAAGUAAUUUAUUUAGAAAUUGAAUCAUAUAUUGAUGCAUUUAUUGUAUACUAAGCCUACUAAUAAUAAAUUCAAGAAUAAGCAUCAAAAAUAUUGAGAUUAAAUGAUUGGGAGAAGUCACAUUUCCAAAAAUAUAUUUGUAAAUUACCAUUAAUUACACAUUCUAAAAUCAAGUUUAAAGAUUGUGAAACUGGGAUAAAAUUAAACAAUACUUUUCAUUAAAUUAAGGCAUUCAGAAAUGAAGUGAAUAAAUUAUUAGAAUCUCUAAAAUGUGAGUAAAUUUAUCUAAAAAUAGAUGCAAAAUUAAGUACGCAUCUAGAGUUAAUAGAUAUUUAAUAAAAAAAGCAUAUCUUAACUAAUCUUUUCAUGGAUCUUACUUAACAACAAAACAUAUUAUACAUUAAAAAUAUCGAAUCUUAAUAUAUAGAGGUCAUGGUCUAUCUUAAUAAAUUUCAAGCUAAUGAAUUAUAAACUUUAGAAAGCUAUUUAAAUAAAAGUUUGACUGAGCUUCAGAUUGCAAGUUUUUAAAUGAACCAGCUUAACCAGUUAGGACUAACAACAGAAGAGUUCUAACAAAAAUAUAGUGCACUCAUGUAUAUUUAAAAUGAUUAAAUGUAUUUUAUAUUACAUUCCAAAUAUUUGAAUCAAGUUACAACUAAACUUGAGACUUACAAAACUCUACUCUAUCUAUAUUAUAAACCAAAAUCAAAAUUGUAUGCUUAAUAGAUGGUUCAUGAUUAUAAGAAUAAAAUAAUGGAAUAGUCAUAAAAGAUACUAUCAAUAAAAUUGUCAUAAAAUCAAGAAAUUGUAUAUUUUGAAAGCCCAGAAUAUGAUAUGAGAACUUUAAGUAUUUUUCACAAAUAUGAACAAAAGUUAGAUCAGUUAUUAUUAGAAAUACCGAUUAAAAUAAGCAAGUUAGAAGCAAAAUACUUAUAUAACAAUUGUCAAUAGGAUAUUGAAAAAUUAUGUUAAGAAUAAUUGAUUGAGUUGAAUUUUAAUUUUACAAAAAAUCAACAAGAAAUCCAAUAAUAAACUACCAAAAUUUAAUUCUUGAAAUUCAAAAAAAAAGAAGUUUAUUUUGACACAGAUUUAAAUUGUGAACUCUCUCUUAGAAAGGUCAAUAAUAAUAAUUAACAUCUGAAAAUUGCUUAUAAAAAGUAGGAUGAAAUUCUUGCAAGCCAGUUGAAAUUCCAAGAGUAUUUUUUGUACUAUCAGAAAUAUGGUUCCCCAUAUACAUAAAUUGGAGUCGUAUACGAAGAGAUUAAGGAUACUUUCCAUUUUUUAAUUGAAGAAUUCUUGUCAUUGUAUCAAACUAGAUUUAUGAACUUGUUAUUUUUAUUGAUACUGACAAACACAAAUCUUUAUAUGAAAAAGAACUGUUGAAAA